CCAACCCGGAAGCCAUAUCGUACCUCUCCCUGAUUUAGGAACGAACAAGGUCGAAGCAAACAUGCCAACCCCCGAAUCCGCCGCCUUCCUCGCCAAAAAACCCACCGUCCCGCCGACCUACGACGGCGUGGACUUCGAAGACAACGUCGCCGUACACAAUGCCCGUGACGCAAUCAUCCGCGAGCAGUGGGUACGCAGUAUGAUGAGCAGGCUUGUUGGCGAAGAAUUGGGCAAGUGCUAUGCGCGCGAGGGCGUGAAUCACCUCGAGAAGUGUGGGAAACUAAGGGAGAAGUACUUUGAGUUGCUGAGUGAGAGAAAGAUCAAGGGUUAUCUCUUCGAGGAGAAGAACUACUUUGCGACGAAGUCGACAUAGAUGGCCGGCUAAAUAACGAACACCAAAUGAAUUGGCGAAUAGAAGGGGUUUCCUGGAAAAUAUUUCACAGCAGGAUUGACAGGACCAAGGAAACGGUCCGAUUGUUCUUUUACUUUCCUCGUGUGU